GUUGGUAAGGCGGGCUGCUGGAACAUCGAAGGCCGUCAGCUGGAUGCGCGCGACUGGCGCAUGGAGGUCUCGUGCUAUCGUCACAUGGCUGCCAAGGGUAACAGUAUAUAAGCAGAAGAGUCGGCAACUAUAACCACUCAUGUUGUGAAUACAGAAACGUUACAAGCUCCCAUGAUGCUCCUCGUCGCUGUGCUGUUGGUGACUGUGCUGGGUCUGAUGCUCGCCGCCCCGCUGAGUCCACUGUUGGACGGCGAGUGGGAAGAGUUCAAGACCGCCCAUGGCAAGAUAUACUCCAGCGCCCAGGAGGAGAACUUAAGGCGGGUCACGUGGGAGGACAACCUUCGCUACAUCCAGCAACACAACCUGGAGGCUGACAGGGGCGUGCACACCUUUUGGCUCGGAACCAACAAAUACGCAGACAUGGGUAUUGCUGAGUUCGUAAAGGCGAUGAACGGUUUCCGGAUGAACGCCAGCGCCGCUCCCUGUGGUCGCUACAUGGUACCUAGCAAUGUUGACCUGCAAGACCUGCCAGACACGGUCGAUUGGAGGCCUAAGGGAUACGUGACACCCGUCAAGGACCAGGGUCAGUGUGGCUCGUGUUGGGCAUUCUCCACUACCGGAAGUCUGGAGGGGCAGCACUUCCGGAAGACUGGAAAACUCGUCUCCCUAUCCGAGAAGAACCUUAUGGACUGCUCACAGGCAUUCGGUAACAAUGGUUGCCAAGGCGGUCUGAUGGACCAGGCGUUCGCCUACGUCAUUCAUAACAAGGGCAUCGACACGGAAGACUCAUACCCAUACCAGCCCAUUAACGGCCAGUGCCGGUUCAAGGCUCAGAACAUCGGCGCCACGGAAGUCAGCUGCAUGGACAUUGAGGCCAUGAACGAGAACAAUCUGCAGAAGGCCGUCGCAAUGGAGGGGCCGGUGUCCGUCGCUAUUGACGCCAACCACAGAUCCUUUCAGCUCUACAAGAGCGGUGUAUACAACGAGCCCUUGUGCAGCUCCACUGCCCUGGACCACGGUGUGCUCGCUAUAGGGUAUGGCACGGACAGCGGCCAGGACUACUGGCUGGUGAAGAACAGCUGGGGCACAUCUUGGGGCAACAUGGGGUUCAUCCAGAUGGCGAGGAACAGCAACAAUAUGUGCGGCAUCGCCACCUUGGCCUCCUUCCCGACCGUGUAGGUUGCCAGGGAAAAACGACUCCAUGACAACCAUCAGAACAUUACAGGAUUCCAAUAUCUUCAUUGCAUCUAUUUAAUUUACUUGUUCUGACAUGUUUUUAUUUGUUUUUUAUAUGUAGAAUUUUAGUAUAUUAUUCGUGCAUACUUCAUUACAACAAGUGUCUAUUGUUUUAUUUAUUUUGUAAUGUCUUUAAUUUCUGUUACAUAUAUUGUAUUUUACAUUGUAGUGGUUAUGUUGUUGAUAUUUAUCAAUAAAUUCAAUAAUAUGCAAUUAUGAAUUGUCUUACAAGUAUAAUGGUGUAACAUUAUGGUAUAAACUAUUCGUUGACGUAAGUUUUAGACUAGUGUGAUCAAUACUAUUAAAGAUUCGUGUGUUUAAGUGUGUUUAAAUUAUUUAUCACAUGCUAUACCCUGUUUCCCAUGUAAUACAACCAUUACAUAUUUUUUUUAUAUUACACAUGUGUAAUACAACAUUUUUAAGCGUU